CCGACACUUUGAGGGCCGCAUCUCUUCGAUAUAAGUAUCGUGCGUUAUGCCGCGCGGCUCACUCUAGUCUACAAUAAGCAGACAUGAUUUCACGACAGAUCACCAUUUUACUUUGUGCUCUGUUUGCACUGAUAGCGCUUACACUUGCGAUACCUGAUAGCGCUGGACAACCACCACUUCCCGGACCAGGCCUUUCUUAUGGUGGCAUCCCCUACGGCAGUAUGAGUGGUAACGUGGCAGAAUAUUUUAAACGACAAGCGCCAUCUUUCGGCAGAGGAAGAAUACUAAGCGCUGCGUCUCACGAUGUCGACUACGCGCCAAUCGAACAAUGGCUAUGAUUUCAUAAAUCUUAUUAGCUGUUUGAAUAUAAUUAAUGAAAAAUGUCCUCAGUUUGUAAACAUUUUGUUGGCUUAGUUUUUUACAUUUUAUGUGAUUAAAAGAGAAAGAAUUAAGACCUUGAAAUUGGCGGUAUUACAAUUACAACUACAUAGUCUUGUUUAGCGCCACAAGAUGGCGUUGAAUCCUAAUUUAUGAAAAAAGUUUUAAAAUAACUCUUGAUAUUGUAAAAAAAAAUUAAAAUACAUUAAAUUUAUCCAAGGACACCAGAUUUCUGCGAAAACAAACAGUGUAUAAAUAACUUAAGGGUUUAGAUAUUUAUUUUAGUUAAUUGUUUAGUUAGUACUGUCACAAAUAAAAUAAGUUACCAAC